AUGAAGCACUCCACACAACAAAAAUCACUGGGGACAGCAGAGAGCCAAGGAGCUCCAGCAUUUCAGUGCUGCUCUGCUGUGGGCUCGCUGACCAGGUUGCUGCUGGCUGAAGCUGCAGUGCCCGGGGAAGGGGCUCACGCAGAAGGAGGCAACAUGGAAAUAUUCAUCGAGGCCGUGGCUGGCAACGUGGCUCUGAGCAAUACGGCCAAUGCCACAGAGGUGCUGGUCAAAGUGGUGGAGCUCUAUUUCUGCGAGAGGUGCGGCCAGAGUUUCCCGGAGCCCUCCCUGCUGUGCCAGCACCAGUGCCUGCUGCUGGACCGCAAGGCGCUGCGCGGGCACCUGCGCGCCGCGCACGGGGCGAGCGCCGUGCCCUGCGCCUCGCGCGCCUGCCCCCUGCUCUUCCCCAGCCGCGCGGCCAUGGAGCGGCACCGCCGCAGCCACCUGCCCUUCCACUGCGGCCGCUGCGCCUUCGCCACCGCCAACGCCAGGCUCUUCGGGCAGCACCGGAGGGGCCACGCGGCAGAGCCCUCCCGCGACGCGCGGGGCGCCGAGAGCACCGGCAGCCCGGCCGGCUGCGGCCUCCAGCAGCGCCGUGUCCUGCCCUCGGUGGAAGAAGGGCAGGAGGAUGCAGGGAGCUGCCACGCUAGCUGGGAAGCAGCAGCAGAAGCAUCCGGGCUGGGAGAGCCCACGGGCACCAGGCAGGGCUCCUUGGAGGGGCAGAAGGCAUCGACUGGAGAGGAGGACUCGGAGAGCGGUGGGGAUGAGUCGCUGGAGGAGGAUGGAGAGAGCCCCUGUGAGGGUGAGCCCAAGGAGAAUGGGAAGGAAGCUCCUGAGAAAGCCAAGGUGCCCCGGGCACAGCACGUCACAGGGGAUGUCGUGGAGGGCUCCGAGUACCUUUACAAAACGCACAUGUGCCCCGAGUGCAAGCGGUGCUUCAAGAAGCGGACGCACCUCGUGGAGCACCUGCACCUGCACUUCCCUGACCCCAGCCUGCAGUGCCCCAACUGCCACAAGUUCUUCACCAGCAAGAGCAAGCUGAAAAUUCAUAUGAUGCGGGAGACGGGUGAGAAGGCCCAUCGCUGCCCGCUCUGCCACUACAGCUCUGUGGAGAAGAACGCCCUCAACCGCCACAUGGCCAGCAUGCACGAGGACAUCUCCAACUUCUACUCCGAUGUCUACUCCUGCCCCGUGUGCGAGGAGAAGUUUCGGCUCAGCCAGGCCCUCAAAGAGCACUUGAAGACUCACAAAGCUGAGCCGAAGAGGCUGAGCUGCUUCCAGGGAGGCUGCGACUACUUUGCUGAAGACCGCAAGGAGUUCAUCCGCCACCUCAAGGAUGCUCACGGCAUCAAAGCAGUGGAGUGCAAGUACCACGCCUGCUCGCUGCUUUUUGGCACAGCGGAGGCCAUGGAGGCUCAUCGCAAAACGCACUAUGCUUUCCACUGCCAGCAGUGCGACUUCAUUUGCUCCAACAAGCACGUCUUCCGCAAGCACAAGAAGCAGGGGCACCCGGGCAGCGAGCAGCUCCAGUGCAGCUUUUGCCCCUAUGCCACCUUCAACCCCGUUGAGUUUCAUGACCACGUGGGCAAGAUGCAUGCCAACGAGAAGAUCCACAAGUGCACGGAGUGCCCCUUUGCCACCGCGCACAAGAGGGUGCUCAUCCGGCACAUGCUGCUGCACACAGGAGAGAAGCCCCACAAGUGCGAGCUGUGCGACUUCACGUGCCGAGAUGUGAGCUACCUGUCCAAGCACAUGCUGACCCACUCUGAUGACAAGAACUUCAUGUGCACCGAGUGCGGAUACAUCACCAAGUGGAAGCACUACCUGAAUGUCCACAUGCGCAAGCACACCGGAGAUCUCCGGUACCAGUGCAACCAGUGUUCAUACAGGUGCCACCGUGCCGACCAGCUGAGCAGCCACAAGCUGAGGCACCAGGGCAAAAGCCUCAUCUGCGAGGUGUGCGGCUUCGCCUGCAAGCGCAAGUACGAGCUGCAGAAGCACAUGCAGGCGAAGCACUCGCAGAACUACCAGGUGCCCAUCUUCCAGUGCCAGUACUGCACCUACCAGACCAAGUACAAGCAGGAGGUGCUGAACCACGAGAACUGCAAGCACACCAAGCAGAAGGAGUUCCGCUGUGCCCUCUGCUCGUACUGCACCUUCAGCAACACCAGUCUCUUCUUCCACAAGCGCAAGGUUCACGGGUACGUCCCUGGUGACAAGGACUGGCUGGAGAACUACGCCAGCAAGGAGCAGGAGAUCAGCUCCUCCGAGGCGCUCUUCGGCUGCGAGCUCGGCACAGCCCUGCGCUCGGAUGCUGCUUCGCCCCUGUCUGGCAAGGAGCAGUGGGCGAAGGCAAAGCCGCCCCAGCCGGAGUCGCAGGGGGAGGAGAGCUCCCAGCAAGCGCUGGCGGUGCCUCUGCAGGAGCAGGGUGCUGCUGUGCCCGAGGGCAGCACCGAGCUGGCGAGAGGCGAGGGUGAAGGGGAGCGCGGCUGUCCCGGUGCUGCCAGCGCACAAGCUGAUCCUGCCUCAGGCUCGGCUGAUUUUGCCCCUUCUGGGGAUGUGGUUGAGAGCUGCACCUUGCACUUGGAGACCCUGAAUGUCCCGUCUGACUCUGUGCUGGAGCAUUUGGCCGGAGAUGCUUGCACAUCUCAGCCAGAGAGUGCAGAAAUGCUGGUCUGCAAGGAGCCUCCUGCAGCCUAUGAAGUGCUGGGCUCCCGGGAUGACCUUGGCUUGGAGGAUAACGACAACGCGCUUGAAGACAUCCCAGACUUUGAGGAAGAUGAGACAGAUGCAUGUGGGAAUGAAGCAGCCGGGCUGGAAGUUAGCGCUGUGGUGGGAGACAGCCAGGGAAAAGAUGCCAUCAGGGAGGACACAGGCUGCCGGGAAGGAUCAUGCUCUGGCCUCCGCGAGCUGGUUGCAGACGCUGAAAUGAGAGAGAACAGCCCCGUGGAGCUGCCCACGGCCUGGCUGCAGGCCCUGGAGACGGCCGAGCGGAGCUGCCCGCCGCCCGCGGAGGAUGCGGCCGCUUCUGCUGAUGAGGCAAAGGGGGGCUCGGAGUCAGUGCUAAAGGCACUGCGGAAGCAGGACAAGGAGCAGGCAGAGACGCUGGUGCUGGAGGGCAGGGUGCAGAUGCUGGUGGUGCAGUCAGAGAGCCAGAUCUUUAAGUGCGAGAAGUGCUCGUACGUCACCCGGAAGGAGAAGUCCAUGUCCCUGCACUCCAGAGCCAGCUGCCAGAGGCGCCGGGCACCGCUCGUGUGCCCCGAGUGUGGUGCCAGCUUCAAGCAGCAAAGGGGGCUCAACACCCACCUCCUCAAGAAGUGCCCAGUCCUCCUGAAGAAGAACAGGGCCCUCAAACCAGCUAUUCAAGAGCUGCCUGGCUUGUGCCAACCUGCCAGCCAGCCUGGUGGCAGUGGUCCAGAAACGUCAGAGAGUGACAGGGGAGGCUUGGAGGAGUCUGGGCAUCAUGAGACGCCCUGGGAAAUGGAGCUGAUAUCUGAUAAAACACAGCCCUCGGGCAGUCCUUUAGCUGAGGAACAGACCUUGGCCAGUGCUGCCAUUGAGAAGCCCCCUCCAGACAGCAGCACAGACACGGUGGAAGAGCCUUCCAAGCAGGGGGAUCCAGCUGAGCCAGGUGGAGCUGUUUUUCCUUCCCAGCCUGGGAGAACAUCUGAGAAAUACCGUGCAGAGGGUGGCAAGCUGCACUGCAACGCCUGCGCCUUCGUCUGCUCCCGUGUCUCCACCAUCACCUCCCACUGCCCGCUCUGCGACUACGGCAGCUACCUGCAGAACGACAUCACGCGCCACGUCAACAGCUGCCACCGCGGCGAGCUCAACUUCGGCUGCUCCCGCUGCGAGGCCCGCUUCAGCUCCGAGACGGCCCUCAAGCAGCACGUCCUGCGGCGGCACGAGGAGAAGGUGCCCUACGGCUGCCCGCGCUGCGGCUUUGUGUGCCACAGCGAGGCCACCCUCAAGUGCCACGUGCAGAAGCAGCACCCGCACCUGGAGUGCGGCGCCUGCAAAGAGACCUUUGCCAGCCGGGAUGCUCUGGAGGAGCACAAGAAGCAGCAUUUCAGCCACCGCUGUGAGCUGUGCAGCUUUGCAGCCAAGGAGCGGCAGCAGCUCGUGAGGCAUUAUGUGGAGAGCCACGAGCCAGCCGCCCCCCAGGAGAGACCCCUGCGCUGCCCCUUCUGCGACUUUGCCUGCCGCCACCAGCUCGUCUUCGACCAGCACAUGAAGGGCCACGGGGGCACCCGUGUGUAUAAGUGCUCGGACUGUGAAUACACCACCAAGAACAGGCAGAAGAUCACGUGGCACAUCCGUAUCCACACCGGCGAGAAGCCCUACAAGUGUCAUCUCUGCAAAUACGCCUGCGCUGACCCCUCGCGCCUCAAGUACCACAUGCGGAUCCACAAGGAGGAACGGAAAUACCUGUGCCCAGAGUGCGGCUACAAGUGCAAGUGGGUGAAUCAGCUCAAGUACCACAUGACGAAGCACACGGGCCUGAAGCCGUACGGCUGCGACGAGUGCGAGUACCGCACGAACCGGGCGGACGCGCUGCGCGUGCACCGGGAGACGCGGCACCGCGAGGCGCGCGCCUUCAUGUGCGAGCAGUGCGGCAAGGCCUUCAAGACGCGCUUCCUGCUCAAGACGCACCUCAAGAAGCACAGCGAGGAGAAGCCCUACGUGUGCGGCGCCUGCGGGCGCGCGUUCCGCUGGGCCGCCGGCCUGCGCCACCACCACCUCACGCACACCAACGAGCACCCCUUCUUCUGCCGCUACUGCCCCUACAAGGCCAAGCAGAAGUUCCAGGUGAUCAAGCACAUCCAGCGGCACCACCCCGAGCGCGGCGCCGGCGACGUGAGCCAGGGUGUGGGCAAGGAGCCCAGCGCGGGCCCCGUCCUCCUGCACGAGCUGCAGCGGGAGGGCCAGGGGCCCCCCGUGCCCGUGCACGAAGGGGGCUGCCCCACAGGCAAGGACGGUGCCCCGCAGUGA